UUACACACAAGUUUUUAAUAUGUUCGUUCAAGUUUGUAGCUGCAUACCAGCCUUCACUAUGUUGCUUGUAUGCUAGCUUGUAUGUUGAUUUUAUCGUUUUAGCCGGUGGUGAGCUCUGUGUGUCAUUAUUAGAACCAGUCUGAGUUGAAUUAAUCGGGUUGCAUAUUCAAGGGCGCAUAAUCGAUAAUCCAGCAGCGAUGCUCGAUUAGCUGCUCGAUUGAUUUGAAAAUUCCUGACCGGAUACCAUUUUCACCGGAUACCUUUUCCAACCAAUCAGAAUUCAGAGAAAUCAAUAAAAGAAAAACCGGAAACCAACUUUCAGCCAAUCAAAAUUCAAAAGACGAAAACAAUAGCAGUGGGUCGACUUUGGGGCUUUGAUUUAUAUUCAAAACGAAAUUGGAGUUACUCUUGUGGAAACCGUUGGCGAGUGAAGAUCAGUUUAGAUCAAUUUUAAAGGUGUUUAAGCCAAAGUUACUCGCGGGUGAUAGCAUUUUUGAACGGUGAACUAUUUCGUUUUCGGUUUGUGGUUCAUUUAAGUAAAAAAGAGUGUCGAGCAAAAAUCGGUUGGAUAUACGGUGCCAAAUCCCAUUCAACGUGGGUGUUUGGGCAGGAAUCCGAGUCCGUACCGUCAGGACACUCGGUCGUCGCUAGGUGGCAAGCAGCCUAUCCACACCCAUUCCGAUUCCGGGGCCUAUAUAGUCCCGUCGAAUCCGCUGUGCGGCCACGCUAGACACGACGAUUGGAACCAGGACCGAACAACGAGUGCGUCGACGCCCUGUGUGACCUUCCUACGGUGGAACCAUAUGCCAGCUGGCCCUCAAGUAAGCCCGUUAGAUUUUGCACUCAUGAGCUCGAAGAAAAUCCCUGUAAAUAUUGUAAAUAGCACAAAGUAAAAGUUAGUUCGUAGUCCUUUAAAGUUUUUGUUUUACACUCUUUCGCCUAUUAAAUCCUUGAAUUAGAAUUGAAUUUGCAUUUUUUUUACUUCGUAGUUUGGGAAUAGUUUUAGAAUUAGUUUUGGGGUUCGUUUCUUGAUUUCUUUCGUUAUACUUUCACUAGUGACCGUGCGUCUCCAUAAAGUGCUCGAAUUUCGUUAGAAAAGGUAAGAGUAAAUUUAAGUGGUUUUUGCUAUUGGUAUAAGUGAAUUUAUUUGAGUCUUAAGGUAAGAAGUUGGGUCUCCGGUAUUGUAAUUGUUCUUUGAGUUAGAGAUUGAUUGGUGAAGUGAACUGUGGAGUUUGGGAAAUCCUACCUGCCCUGACAUAGGAGUUUUUUGGCCGGACUUAAACCGUACCAGUGGCCCUUCGCAAGAAGGUGGCGCUUAAGUCACUGAGUACCAGUAACCGAACCCGUAGUUUUCCUUGCUUUUUGGACCUCGAACUAAGGAGAAGGUUACAUUUUGGCGCCCAACGUGGGGCCCGGAAAAUUAAUAGGAAUAUAUUCAAUUUUUUUUUGGUUUUUUGAUAUAGGAUAUUUUUACAAUUAACUUCAUUGGAAGAUUUUUUUUUGAAGAGAGAGCAGUGAAGACCAACUAAGUGGUACGAUGGCUAAAUUUACGGCUAACCUGUAUCGAAUGAAUGCGUCUCAUUUAGAGCAAAGUGAGCUAGAAUACGAGUUGAUUUUGCGCGGAUUAUUGGUUUCGGAAAUCAGACAGGACAAUGAGCGUCGACUGCGAUCGGCAUUGCGAGAUGAUGAAAAGGAAAAUCGUGACUAUCUGUCUUGGCGAGGAAUUUUAGAGGAGUGUGCAUUAAUCGAAAAUCGUUUGAAAGAUAUCGAAGAGCAGAUUAUACAUCAGGCUAACAUAACUUCUAAAUCCCGACUGUACCAUUAUUAUCUCAGACUUCGGAGGUGUCAGGUUCAAAGCCCUAAUGAAGAGGAAACCCGUUACGUUUUAGUAAGUGUCAUCAAGGAAAUGUUGCUAAGAUAUUUUAACGAGUUGAUCGACAAUAAGGAUGAACUAUACAUGCAGACGACUAUGAAUUCGAACCAUUCGGGCUUAACUAGACCAGAAGUAGGGCAGACCAGACCGUUACGCGCGUCAGACCCCGGAGAAAAUCAAAGGCCUACUGGAACGAUUCCGAGGACAACUAACCAAACGCGUCGCGUGGCGUUUCUAUCUUCAACUAGGGAAAAUGAGGACAGUGUCGGUUCGAGUGGUGAUAGUAUUAUCGAAGAUUUGCUGGUUUUAAAUUCACCAAUCGCUGAAGUUGAAAACCCCCUGUUAAACCUAACUGGGGCGUUGCCAACUGCGGCUAAUCGACAAUCAGAGUUUGUGACUCAAACGGAUCAAGUCGCACAAGGGGAUCGUGGAAAUCGAUUUUCUCGUUCACCACGACCUCCUGUUUUCGUCAGUGGUUUUCAACCGAAUGGCGAAGAGCGCACAAACUUACCGCAGUCUUCAAGAACUGAAGAAUAUGUUCAUAUUUCUCAGAUUGAGUCCUAUGUCCAAAGAUGCGUCACUGCCAUCUUGGGAAACCAAAGGUCGGAUCAGACUCCUACCAAUAGGGUGGACCUGGUAACCAACCAACUUCGAAAUUUCAAUAUUGAUGAGAGAGAAGUACAACAUUUUUCGAGACCUCAGGAGACUCCUAGGUCAACGUAUACGGCCACAUCGAGGAGGUCGAAUGACUUGAGGGAGUUUUCAGUAAUUCCGGGGAAUUUAAAUUUGCCUCAGUGCUUAACGAGUACGCAGAGGUUGACAAACGUGGCCUUAAACCGAUCUGUGCCCAAUGAGCCGGAUAGUCGUCCAUUUGCUCAAUCAAAUGCUCAGGACGGAAACAAUGUUUUGAGAAAUCCAUUUGAUCAAUCAUUCAAUGCAAGGAAUUACAGAAAACCACCUCAUCAUUUGUGUAAAAUUAUCGGCACUUGGCCGAAAUUUUGUGGGGACAAUAACACGGUGCCUCUAGUGUCCUUUCUGAGGACAAUCGAUAUGCUUUGUAGGUCGUACGAAGUGGAUAAGGAGGAAUUAAAACCCCACGCUCACCUAUUGUUCACGGGGGAUGCGUAUACGUGGUACACGACCUAUGUUGAUCGUUUCACUAAUUGGGACACCCUGUUGUACUAUCUGACUAUCAGGUACGACAACCCUAACCGGGACAGAUACAUCAAAGAGGAGAUGAGAAAUCGUAAGCAGAAGCCUAAUGAGUUAUUUAGUGCUUUUCUGACGGAGAUUGAAGCCUUGUCCCAAAGAUUGAUAAGUCCUAUGAGCGAAAUUGAAAAGUUUGAUAUUGUAGUGGAAAACAUGAAAAUUUCCUACAAGAGAAGACUUGCUCUUGAGGACAUCCGCUCAAUUGAAGACCUAGCACAAAAGUGCUAUCGAUUUGAUGCAUUAGAAUCGAACUUGUUCAGCCCAAAGUCAAGGGGCACCAAUGCUGAAAUACACGCAUUGGGAACCGGGGAAGAAGACUCUGAAGAAGAAUUCGUGAACGCCAUAAAUUCUAAAGGAAAUCGUCAGAAGGCUAAACUGACUGAGAAUAAGUACAUCAGAGAACAAAACACUGAGGACGUAGUCAGUGGCAUGGUGUGUUGGAACUGUUACGGAACUGACCAUAUUUGGAAAUUCUGCCCCGAAGAAAAAAGAAUUUUCUGCCAUGUUUGCGGAUAUGCGGGAAAAACGUCCACAAACUGUCCCAAUAAUCAUCCGAUCAAUUCAACAUUCCCUAAAGGAACAAAAAACGGACUUCAGGAGAAUGCUUAAGGGACCAAGCUUCUCCUUCAGGAACAACAGUGGUUCCCAAGUCCCAAAUAGAUAAUCCGUUUCCAUCGUUUUGUGAAAUAUUUGAAAUUAACGUAAAGCCGCAUCGAUGCCCUAAACUUAAGGUGAAAAUCUUGGAUUUUGAAAUCGAUGCUUUAGCUGAUACAGGAGCAGCCUUGUCUAUCAUUAACUCAAGAGACUUGAUUGAUCGAUUAGGAUUGACGGUGCAUACGAUAAAUUUGACGAUAAAAACCGCUGAUGGUACAACUCACAAAUGUCUUGGAGGAGUACAAAUCCCUUACACGUACGGAAAAAGCACCCAAGUGGUUCCUACUGUAAUCGUUACGGGAAUUUCGCAGCCCUUAAUAUUGGGAAUGAAUUUCCUCAAUCAAUUUGAAUUCAAACUACAUAGUCCAUAUGACCCACGUCCAUUAGAGGGUGGUCAACAGGAUACUACGGUAAACCUUAUUGAUAUGUUCUUCGUUGAAGACUAUUUCGCGUUAGCUCAAGACCCGAUCGCCUUUAAAUUGUUACCUGCUGAAAUUCAGGAAUUGAAGGCAAACUCGCCAUCCGAAACUGACAAAGACCUGAGUUUAGAAAUUCCCACGUUAGAUUUUCCACCGAAUUUGUUGAAUCAUCCAGAUCAAAUUUCAACUGAACACAACCUUACAUCUCAACAACGAGUAGAGUUAUUUGAAGUUAUAAAAUUGCUACCUUGUACUCAAGAGGGCCAAUUAGGUAGAACGGGCCUGAUAGAACAUCGUAUUGAUGUCCAAUCUGAGGUUCAAUUAAGGAGAAAACAACCUAUGUACAAAUAUUCUCCAACCGUAGAGCGCGAAGUAGACAGUGAGGUCGCCAGGAUGAAAAAACUUGGAGUCAUUGAAGAAUGCAAUGGACCUGUUGACUUUUUGAACCCGAUCUUACCGGUCAAAAAGUCUAGUGGCAAAUGGCGGAUCUGUUUAGAUUCCCGUGGUUUAAAUCAAAUUACCAAACCAGACGAUUUCCCGUUUCCUAGUAUGACUAAUAUUCUACACCGAAUUAAAAAGUCCAGGUAUUUCACCAUAAUAGACUUGUCCGAAUCAUACUACCAAGUCCCACUUGAAGAAUCGGCUAAAAAUAAAACUGGUUUCCGCACCAAUAAAGGACUUUACCGUUUUACAGUUAUGCCAUUUGGACUCACAAACGCGCCUGCCACUAUGGCCCGAUUAAUGAGCCAGGUUUUGGGGCAUGAUUUGGAGCCGUUUGUGCAUGUCUAUUUAGAUGACACAAUCAUCGCUACAGAUGAUUUCGAGACUCAUCUUUACUAUCUCAAAAUUGUGGCUGAACGAUUUAGAAAUGCUGGGUUGACCAUAAAUGUGCAAAAAUCGAGUUUUUGCCAACAAAAAAUUAAAUAUUUGGGCUAUAUAGUCUCAGAAGAUGGUCUUUCUGUGGAUGCUGAGAAAAUAAAGCCGGUAAUUGACUACCCAGUCCCGAAAUCUGUGAAAGACAUUCGUCGGCUCCUUGGUUUAGCGGGAUUUUACCAAAAAUUUAUUCCCCAGUAUUCCGACUUAACAGCACCGAUAUCCGACCUCCUUAAAAAAGGGAAAAAGGUAACAUGGACAGAGGAAGCGAACGACGCUUUCCUUAAAUUGAAAUCCGCUCUAGUCACUACUCCUAUACUAGCAAAUCCUGACUUUGACCUGCCGUUCAUUAUUGAAACGGAUAGCUCGGACCAGGCGAUUGGAGCAGUUUUGACACAGAUCCAAGGUGGAGAACGAAAAUGUCUAGCGUAUUACUCUAAAAAGCUCUCCAGCACGCAGCGGCGUUAUAGCGCAACGGAGAGGGAAUGUCUUGCCGUUUUAUUAAGCAUCGAAAAUUUCCGACACUUUGUCGAGGGAACUCGAUUUGUGGUGCAAACAGACGCUAUGAGUCUAACGUUUUUGAAAUCUAUGUCGAUAGAGUCGAAAUCCCCGAGGAUAGCUCGAUGGGCACUCAAAUUGUCAAAAUAUGACAUUACUUUUGAAUAUAAAAAAGGAACUGAAAAUGUAUCCGCUGAUUUUCUCUCCAGAGGGGUAAAUACGUUGCAAGUUGAUCACCCAGAUGCCUAUAUAAGCGGCCUACGGGACCAAAUAAUCAAGAAUCCAGACAGAUACAAGGAUUUCCAAAUUCGGGAUGGAAAAAUCUAUAAAUUUAUUUCUAACACGUCUGGUCUUGAAGAUUUAUCCUUCAAGUGGAAAUAUGUGGUCCCGGCGUCAGAAAGACGGGAGAUUAUCACACUAAUCCACACAGAAGCACACCUAGGCUUCACAAAGACCCUGGAGAAAAUUCGGCAAAAAUUUUACUGGCCAAAAAUGUCUACGGACAUAAAACGGUUUUGUUCUACUUGCGAGGUAUGUAAAGAAUCGAAAAGCGAUAACAGCAAUGUCACACCACCCUGUGGGAAACGCAAACUAUGCUCCAGGCCUUGGGAGAUGAUCUCUCUGGACUUUUUGGGCCCGUAUCCUCGAUCCAAGCGAGGGAACAUCUGGUGUUUGGUAGUAUCUGACUUUUAUUCCAAGUUUGUUAUGGUCCAAUGCAUGAGAUCAGCUACAUCGCAAGCAGUCUGCACUUUUCUUGAGAACAUUAUUUUCUUGGUCUUCGGAGUUCCUUCAAUAUGCAUCUCCGAUAAUGCGACUGUAUUUACCUCUAAACUCUUCGAAAGUUUCUUAAGGCAAUAUCAGGUUACCCACUGGAACUUAGCGGUGUACCACCCUGGGCCUAACCCGACCGAGCGAGUCAACCGGGUGAUAGUAACCGCAAUAAGAUGCUCUCUUAAAGACAAAUCAUCUCACAAAGAAUGGGAUGAAGAUGUUAAUAAGAUAGCAAUGGCCAUCCGUACGUCAGUUCACGAUAGUACGGGUUUCUCCCCUUACUUUCUUAACUUUGGAAGGGAAAUGAUAAGUAAUGGCACGGAAUAUGAAAACAUUCUUGAAAGUAAUACAACCACUGACUAUCGACCGGCUCUCUUGCAGGAAGACCAAAGGAAAUUACAAGAAAUUGUCCAGAGGAACAUGAAGAAGGCCUAUGACAAAUAUUCUCACCACUACAACUUUCGGUGUAACUCGAAAAGAAAUUUUCAAGAGGGCGAAAUCGUAUACAAAAAGAACAUCAACCAGUCAGACAAGUCGAAGAACUAUGUAGGAAAAUUUGCGAAGCUCUAUACAAAAGUAAAAAUACGCGAAAUCAUCGGUUCAAACACGUAUAUAUUAGAAAACCUAGACGGGAAUCGUAUCCCCGGUACAUUCCACUCUUCAUUUUUGAAAAAAAUCUAAAU